UGCACAGAACUUGAAGAAGAUGAAACGUAACAGUAAAAUUGGGAAGGAAAUUGUCUCUGCCAUUAAGAAAGGUGGCACAAACCCAACAUCAAACACAAUUUUAGCUGCUGUGCUAGAGAAAGCUAGAGAACUUGAUGUGCCUAAGGAAAUUGUGGAUAGAAACAUCAAAAAAGCUUCAGAGAAGGGACAAGAGGAUUUUAUUGACAAGUUCUAUGAGGUAUAUGGUUUUGGUGGGGUUGGCAUGGUAGUUGCGGCCUCAACAGAUAAAGUAACUAGAACCAUUGCUGAUGUUAGGGGUGUGGUAAAGGAUUGUGGAGCAAAGCUGGCUGAUCCAGGAUCCAUCUUAUUCAAGUUUAGGCGAGCACGAGUUGUGAAUGUAAAGGCUAUUGAUGCUGAUAAAGAUCAGAUUCUUGGUAUUGCUUUAGACGCUGGUGCUGAAGAUGUGAUUGAGCCUACGGUUUAUGAUGAUGAUUCAGUAGAAGAUCGUUCAGAAAGGUCUUAUUCUAUCUUAUUAUCUCAAGCAAUGAAUUUGCGAAUUUAUUUUUCUCUCGAAUAUUUUUCUCAUUCAUGUGUCUUCAAGUAUUCUAUUAACUUGAGAACAAAUGGGCACUGACCUUAUAAUGAUUAAUAAGAUAUGCAGUUAAUCAGUUUGGCAUGUAAAAGCUAGUCUCUUUUUUCCUUCCAGAAUAACAUGUUUUACCAUAAGUAAAAGCAAAUGAAUCAAUCUCAUAUAUCCAUUACACAAUAACUCGUGUUACCUAAGAAUUUACCAUAAGCAAAAGCAAAUGAAUCAAUCCCAUAUAUCCAUUACACAAUAACUCGUGUUACCUAAGAAAAUGCUAAUGGAUGAAUCCUAUAUAUCCUCUAGCAGUUACUGUUUACUAGGUUUCUAGGAUUUUUUAGCUUUAUGAGUCCAUUCCUCUCUGGUAAUAUUUACUUGUCAUUUCUUCUAUAUUAAUGAACUCAAACUGGGCAUUCUGGUGCAUUCGUGAUUACCCACAACUGUGAUUUUUCUGUGAGAGUUACUCUCUGGAUUCGACGUUUAUAUAUGUGGAAUCAGCUAUACAGGGUGAGAGAUGAAGUCUAGUUUCAAUGUAUUUACAUUGUAUUAAUCUAGAAAAUAGUUCUGAAAUUGCUGUCUUCAAAUGGUUGGCAGCCCUUGAUCUAGGGUUAUAGAGUUCUUUAAUUGACCUGCAAUGUUCAAUUAUAGGUUUUAUCUCCGGCUGCAAUUAUAAAAUUUAUGCACAUGUCUGAUUGCAAUUUUGUUAGUGUAUAGGAUACCUCUUCUUUUGUACUAUAAAUGGACAUCUUGGAUGGACAGUACAUGCAUAUGCAUAUAGGCAGGUAAUAUAAUAGCCAAGCUUGCAAUAAAUUGUAGUCGAUUAUUAAGCUUUUUGUCUGCAAUUGGCUGUAAUAUGUGUUGGAAAAGAGUAAAAUCAUAGACUCACACAUGUUGGCUUUAUGCCAAUUCCAUACACACUGAUAAAUGCGUCCAUAUACAGUUAGUAGUCAACCACCUAAAUGCAAUGGCUGACACAGGCAUCAAGUGAUCCUCAACAUAGUUACACAGUAUGUGCUACGUAGCGGGUCGUGGUACACAAUUUGCCGUUUAGAAAAUAUGGAUUCGAUUGUCGGGGGGUGGGGGUUGGUGUAGCUUGCUUUGGUACGCAAGUUUGGUCAUUAGCACGUUGUAAAAUGUUUUUGGGAUGUGCUUACCAUUUUCCAAAGUGUAUAGUAGAAACAUAGAAACUAGAAAGCUAAUUAUGCAUUUCAAUAUUUUUCAUAUAAAAUACUCAAAUGCUUCUCUUUUUAUGGAGUUUAUUCUUUUGUUCUGUUUCUCUUUUCACAUAGUUUGUGUUGGGAUCAUGACUUCAUUUCACGUUUAAUUAACAGAGGUAUUUAGUCAUUGUAAAGACAUUGGCUCAUAUAUUCUAUUGUGUGUCUCCCUUUACUCAAUUGUGUACAUUGCAUUGCGCCUUGCGGAUAUACACACUUUAAAGGGACUUUGUGCCCCGCAUUCUUAUAAGCGGUACGCCAGUUUUGGGGAACC